AUGCGCGGAAUCAUCUUGCUCAUCGUUAUCUUUGCCUUGCUCAUGGUCACUAUGGUGGAAUCGCAUCCGUUCUUUGUGGCCCUUGGAAGAAUGCAGGAUCCCGAUAAUGCAAUGUCAAAAAGAGCACUGGACAAAUGUGGCUGCAAUCUGGGCUGUUUCUACUCAUCGGCUCGAGAUUGUAUGAGUUGUUGUGCGUUGGCUCUUUGA